UCCCAUUGAGCACUCUGAGAAGCUGUUGAGCAAGAGACAGAGCAAAUCAAAGGAGCGCCACGGUGGUUUUUUACCCCCGCCUUCCCCCCCGGGACAGAGGUAAGACGAAGACAAAGAGGAGAAAGAGGAGACUUAGAGAAUUAUUUUCCUUUUUUCGAGUGCUGGCUCACACCAUGGGGAACAGUAAGAGUGGCGCGCUGUCAAAGGAGAUCCUGGACGAUCUCAAGUCCAACACUAAAUACUCGGAGGCCGAGCUGUGUGCCUGGUACCAGUCCUUCCUGAAGGAAUGCCCCACCGGCAAAAUCAGCAAGGAGCAGUUCGAGGGCAUCUACGCCAGCUUCUUCCCGGACGCGGACCCCACGGCGUACGCGCGGCACGUGUUCAGGAGUUUCGACACCAACGCGGACGGCACGCUGGACUUCAAGGAGUACAUCGUGGCCCUGCACCUCACCUCGGGCGGCAAGACCCUGCAGAAGCUGGAGUGGGCCUUUGCCCUGUACGACGUGGACGGCAACGGGACCAUAAGCAAAAACGAGAUCCAUGAGAUCGUGAAGUCGAUAUUCAACAUGAUCCCCGCCGAGGACCAGAAGAACCUCCCCGAGGACGAAAACACGCCGGAGAAGAGGGCCGAAAAAGUCUGGGAGUUCUUCGGGAAGACGGACAACGAUAAAAUCGCGGAGGGAGAGUUCAUCAAGGGCGUGAUGGAGAACAAGGACAUUCUGCGGUUGAUACAGUACGACGAGCCACAGAAAAUUAAGGACAAACUGAAAGAGAAGCAGCAGUAGUCUUUCGGCCAGAAAAAGAAAAAGAAAAAAACCAAACAAAGCACAAGGUCCUUGUCAUGGUCAUAAGGCUGUUCACACUGUGUUUUUUUUUUUUUUUUUUUUUUCUGUUUACAUACUUUCAUGAUCUGGCUGCACAUCCACUAGGCCCACACGUCUCCGUUCCUGGACUGUGUUAAUGAUUAUAUUAAUAAUGAUAAAAAAAAAAAAAAGAGAUGACUCCGCUGCACCUCAGGACCCCGAGGCCCCGAUUUGAGACACUGGACGCUAAAUAACACUCUGGACGUUUUUUUUUUGUUUUUUUUCGCGAACAGCCGGCACAGGCCCGUCCAUGCCGGCAUGUUUUAUCACACUUCCAUCCAUUCAUUAGCUUAAUAGCAAGGAAGCUGGGGGCGAGAGCCUCUUAUAAGAGGGAUUAGGCUCAAAUUAACAAUCCGCCUGUAUCAGCCAAUCCUAUUAGGGGCUGAAGGUCAGUUGAGACAAGCCACCCCCUUACUUAGGUGUCUAGUUAGGGUAAUAUGGGCUUGGCACAGUAAGGAGAAGGCUCUUUAAGUCUGCUCCCCGCCUCAGAGAGGAGGGCUCAUAUACUCACUCUUAUUUCAAACAUAGUCAAUAAAACGGUUAUUUAUUGAUUUAUUUUUUAUUAUUAUUCAUGUAUUUGUUGGGGAGCCAGGUGAGAUUAUGGGAAAUCUUCCGUUCCGUUGUCCUGGCUUACUGUUUUCGAAAAGGGAAUAUGCAGUCGGGAAGAGCAUUGUUGAGAAAAAAACGACAAAAAAAAGACAUUUCUUUCCAUUUGUGUUGGUUUAAAGGACAUGCCUUCUGCGAGAUAGAUUGGUAAUCUAAGGCAAGGGUGGACGUAACUGAAUACACUUACUCUUGUACUGUAAUUGACUAGCUUUUUUUUGUGUAUGUGUGUAUAAUUGUACUUUGGAGUAUUUUUUUUUUUUUUGAAACUGGUCAUGUUUUGACUUCACUUUAAAUCCCAACUGUUACAGAGUUUGAGUUUCGUGGGCUUUUCGUGAAAGUCCAGCGCGAACUCUGUCCUCUUGUCCUUUUAGAUUCACACGGGAGGAAGAAAAAAAUCAGACAAUGUUCUUUUUUCUUUUUUGUAAAAAAUAACUCGGUAACUUUUACAUUUUCAAUUAGCUACUUUGUACUUUUUGGCUCAACGUUUCUUGAGCGUUUUAUACCAGCGGAUGGUCCUGUACUUUAGGAAAACCUCACCGUUUUGUCCCCCUUUUCCUGCUGCUAACCCAGCGGGCAUCAAACACAGUUCAUACUGUCGGAUCAGCCACGUGUGCUGCGUGUUAGAGGUGACGACUUUAAUCCUAAAACGAUGAUGUUACUGUGAAAAUGCCACACCCGUCAGAGGUACAUUCAUUAAAUUCAGACAGAUUUGAACAGCUCUUAUCGCUUAAAAAAACACGAAAAAAUGAGUUUUUCUCCACUGUAGUCAGCAUCGAACGUAGUUUGUCUGUGUUGUUUGUUCUUUAAUGCCUGGUUUCGAGGGAGAUCCAUGUAUUUACUAACUGAAGUAGACCUUUGGCUUUUAAUAAAAAUCAAAAAUGUGGA